AAACAAUGUGUCUUGUGUCAGUGAAUCUGAAUUAUGAGUGCAAGGAGUUUGUGAUGAGUGCUUAAUUAAGUUAUAGUAUUUAUUCUAUAUUAAAUUAUGUAGAACAUAAUCUGUAUUGUGUUGAUUUACACAUUAACUAUGUGUAAAGAUGUUAAAAAUGAUGAUUGGUCCAAGGAGGAUACGGAGAAUUGUUUUCGCAAUUUUUAUAUUUUCCGUUCUAUAUAUAUUUGGAGUUUUUCAUCAUAUUUUUGAGACUGAUUUUUAUACAAACUUUCAUUAUCCGUACGAUGGGGAUAUAGAAUAUUUAACGCAGCAAUUGAAGGCCGGCGAACCACCUGAUGUUUUACCUAUUAAUUUCUAUCACUUUGAAUAUAACAAGAAAUGUGUUUCAAAAUGUUCCAAUGUGAAACAGUUACGAUUGGUUUACAUCAUAAAGAGUGCUCCAGAGAAUUUUGAUAGAAGAAUUGGAAUACGCAAUUCAUGGGGGUAUGAAAGACGAUUUUCUGAUGUAGAAAUAAGAACAGUUUUUUUGGUUGGAGAACGAAAUUCAAAAAUUUUAAAGGAGUCAUUAAAACAAGAAUACUCACAGUUUCAUGAUAUUGUCCAUGCCAAUUUUACAGAUAGUUAUUACAACAAUACUUACAAAACCAUGAUGGGUUUGCAGUGGGCUGUCAGGUAUUGUCCAAAUUCACAAUAUUAUAUGUUUGUUGAUGAUGAUUACUAUGUGUCCACAAAAAAUGUUUUGAGGUAUUUGAAACAUCCCACAAAGUAUCCAGAAUAUGUAAAAAAUCCUCUUAGUGGAGUUAGUCAACUUUUAAAUAGAAAACCUCUUGCUUAUAAUGAUUUAGAUGAGGAUGAAAGAUUAUAUACAGGUUAUGUAUUUCAAUCAUCACCCCAUAGACAUUUCACAAGUAAGUGGUAUGUAUCACUUUCUGAGUAUCCUUAUCACAUGUGGCCUCCUUAUGUAACAGCUGGAGCUUAUAUAUUGUCAAAAAGUGCCUUAAUAGACAUGUACUAUUCAAGCUUUUAUGUAAAACACUUCAGAUUUGAUGACAUAUAUUUGGGUCUUUUAGCCUAUAAGGCAAAAAUUAAUCCUCUACAUUGUGAUGAGUUUUAUUUUUAUAAGAAGGUGUAUUCUAAAUUUGGUUUUAAUUUCACUGUUGCUACUCAUGGAUAUGGAGAUGCUAAGGAGUUAGUACAUAUGUGGAAUGAGCAAAGAAGCUUGGGCUUCGCUUAGGAGAUGAUCACUUUUAAAUUCAAAUUUAUGCGAUAUUUUAAUACUAUUCAGAUAUCCUCCACAAAAAUAAAAUUUUAUAUUUUACAU